ACUGCGGAAGUUCUCUCAUGCCCAGUAGAUACCCGCACUAGUAUUCUCUUCAUAAGUGCUUCAAUUGGAUCUUCCUUUACUAACCUCGGGAGUUCACUCAUACCCAGAGCAGAGAGAGCAUGUCAGCCGUCUCCUUAUCGACCUUGAUGUGAUCCGUCUUGAUGGCGAAUUUAUCGGGGACGAAGUCCCUGCGUCGCUCCCGCCCCGCGUCCUGCAACUUGAGCGAGGUGCCCCGAACCCGACCCUUCUGGUUGCGCUUCAUGAGAAGGGUCGAGAAUCCGGCAAUCUGGUAUCAAAGGCGCUUGGAAGGGAUUAGGGCAACCUCAUCGAGUAGAUCUUCUUGUUGGUGUGGAAAUCAAGAGUCAUUCUCGAGUAGCAGCAGCUCGAUUACUUGCCGAGAUGACUUCUUCACCGUCUUGGUUUGGACUCGUCCGAUGGCUGCUCCUGCUUCACUCUUUAAAUGCUGAGUCCUUGCUAAUUUUAUUUCAGUUUCUCCUUCUGGACUAUUCUUUAUGUAGGAGUGGAAUGGGUAAUUGUUCAAAUGAACUGCAAAAUGAUAAUGGGCCAACUGUCUUGAUUAUUAAGGAUAAUGAAGGAUAUAUAUAUAUAUGGGGGUUAUGCUUCCCAGCUUUGGGAGAGGCAUAGUGAUUUCUAUGGAGAUAUGAAGUCUUUUCUCUUUCAGCUCCAUCCAAAGGCAUCUACAUUCAGACCAACUGGGACCAACAACAAUUUACAAUGGUGUGCUGUGAGUUUCAGUUCAGAGACCAUUCCAAAUGGCAUUGGGUUUGGAGGGCGAGUUAAUCACUUUGGCCAUGUUCCUCUCAGCAGGCUUUGAUCAGGGACACAUUUUCUCUUGCACAACAUUCAACAGCCCUUGCCUUUCAAAGAACAGUAAAAUCUGCUGAGAACUGAUUAGAAUGCUGAGGACUAGUGAGGAAAGGAAAACAAGAAGAAAGACAAGAUGCUCCUAAAGGUACUGUGUUAGAAAGUUUUAAGGAGGACCGGAGUAUGCUCGGUAUGGUAGGGAUUGCUAAUGCUAGUGAGUAAAUGUGAUCAUCUUUGGCCCGCACUUUUGGAUGUGGCUUCAACAUUCUGAUCAGUGCUUAAGGUUAGAAGUCCUGUUCAAUAUCUGUCUGGUUUAAGGAAAAUUGUUUUUAUCUUGAGUCCCUGAUUCCUCAAUCAAACAGAACUUUACUA